UUUCCAGUCUCCUGGUCGCCGGCGGUUACAGUUUCCCUAGCCUCCACGCCGAGUCUCCGCUUCUUGCCGCCGGACGGUGGGAGUGGAAGAUGGCGGGAGAGGCCAGCCACGACUCCACUCCAUUACCGCGGAGAAAGAGGGACGUUGUGCCUUCCACCGAAAGCUCUCUGAAAGCCAUUACUUUGCUAGACGAUGAAACUGAUCGCCCUUCCGUGGAGCCCACAACUGAACUGCUGGACGAAAACGUGACCUCUCAGACGGGGCUGGCUGGAAACAGCUCUUCCGCCAAGGCCACGGCAACGUCCCGCUCCCUCGCAGAGACGUCCACGGAGGCUGCCGUCGUCCGCCUUAGCACCGUGAGGGACAAAGGGCCGCUUCGUGGUCAAAUGACCACCACCACCGGCCUCAGCGAAGACUUCACUGAGACCGAAGGCGCUGAAGGGGGCCGCCGUCCUUCUCACGCCACCGAUACCACACGGCCCCGCGCCUCCACGGCACCGUCUCAGGCUUUUGUGGCCACCUCAGCGACUCCUGUCGCAACCUCGGGGCCUGCCUCAAAGUCCGGCGUGAAAGCAGUCGGAGGCGCCAACUCUUCUCUCUCGCCCCCCACGGCCAGUUCCAAGCCAUCCUCCACUGCCCGGGCGAGACCUCCCACCAGGGAGGCCCCCCCAGGGCCCGACAAGAUGGUGGGGCAGUGCCUGCUGGCCAUUUCCCUCCUGGCCCUCGUGGCCGCCAUCUUCAUCAUUGCCACCUUUGUCCUCAUCGCCCUGCUCUUGCGGCAGAAACGGGCCUACAAGCUGCACCGGCACAACCACACGGAGAUGGUGUGCAUCUCCUCCCUGCUAGCCGCUGAAGAGGCGGAGGCCUCCGGAGGGAGGGCCCCCCGGGCCAAAAGGGUGAAGACGCUGGCCGAGAACGGGUCGGAGACGGACAUGGACAAUUUGACUCUGAACAGUUUCCUGCCCGACCAUUAACCUGCUCAGCUGGGCUCCA